AUGUUCCCCUCUCGCAAGCGCGAUUGCGCCUACCUGUUCUUCUUCCUCACCCACAUCCCAAUCAUCUACCUGAUCGACACCGUCCCCCUGCAGCCCGCCUGGCUACAGAGCUCCCUUUCACCGCCAAUCCGCGCGUUCUAUGUCAACACGUACCGCGACAAGUUCUUCGAGGCGGCUCCUGUCUGGUUUCAGUCGUUUAUGUGGAUGGAACUGCUAUACCAUGUCCCCUUGAGUCUCUGGGCCGUGUGGGCCUUGAUGAAAGAUCAUCCUUUUGUGCCCGUGCAUCUCCUCGGAUUUGGUGUCCAGGUGGUUGUGACCACUAUUGCGUGCUUGGCGACAGUUUGGUCUUGGGAGGAUCGGACGGUGGAAGAAAAAACGAGUCUCACGAGUCUGUACGGACCUUAUAUCGCUCUCGGAGCUGGAAUGGCGAUUGAUAUGGCGCUGAGACUCCAAUCGCAGCUGUCUCCUAAGUCGAAGCGGGAGUAG